GCAGACAGAAACUACCAGAGCUCAGUGAAGUGAACUCUCCUAAUGUGGAUUUCACCAACCUGUGCAAAAUGCACAUGAAGGAAGAAGCACCAAAGUUGGCCAGUCAGCCCCUGAGGUCUGUAACUAUGAUUUGGAAACUAAUUAACAUCUUUGCUUUUACUGCUGGAGCAAUGACAUCUCCAACUCCAUCUGCACCAAACAACACAUUCACUGAAGGAGGACCAUGCUACAUCUACAACUCUGGGCGUUCUGCAGAUUGCGUUGGAAGGCAGCUUGACAGUGUCCCAUGGAAACACUUUCCAUCCACAUUGGAACAUCUUGAUCUCUCCUCCAAUAAACUCCAAGCUAUUUUUGUGCAUGACUUCCACCACCUUCCUCAGCUCCGCAUGCUUGUACUGCGGUAUAACAAUAUUUCCCACAUUGACAUCGAUGCCUUCAAAGAUAACACCCUUUUGGAGCACCUUGACAUCUUCAAUAACUCCUUGGGGGAAAUUCCUGCUGCAGCUCUGGAACCUCUCUCCAAUCUAAAGGUGCUCUACAUGUCCAACAACCUUUACAAAUGUGCCACUUUGGCUGACAGCUUCUCCAAAUUUGUCAAGCUCCAGGUUCUGUCUAUGGGUGGCCCUCUGGUGAUGGGUUUAAAGAAAGGGGAUUUCCGGGCCCUGAAGAAGAUCAAUUUACAGGCCUUUGCCAUCAAGUGUUCUUCCAAUCUUCGUUUCUAUGAACCUGGAAGUUUGAAACUUAUUCAUACAAACCAAAUGGGAUUUGAUAUGGCCAUAGAUCAGCAGCCAAAUGCUCUUCUGGACAUGAUACAUGACCUCGCCAACAAGACUUUCAGUGCCAUCCAGUUCCGUAAUCUCUUUGAGUUCAUGUACUAUAUGGGGAAAGUGGACAUUUUCCAGGGUUUAAAAUACAUUGAAGUUGGUCAGCUCAUCUUUCACCGGGGGAAAUUCAAUGAAAAUCUCCUGCGAAUGGCUUUGAUGAACUUGCAAAUCACUCGUAUCCAAAGGCUGAGACUUCAGUACAUUGACUUUGCCCGGUCACCCACUUUUACUGAUAAUGGAGAAGGUUCCAGCAUUACAAAUUUGGUGUUGGAUAAGUUAGAUCUUUGGUAUAUCAGUAAUCCUGAUGUUCUUCGAUUUGACUGGCGCUUCACCUGGUUCAACAAAAUCAAAGAAUUGUCGAUUCAGUAUGUGUACUUUAACAGUGUGCCUUGUGAUGCCUGGGAUGAGAUGGGAGGUGUGCACCUCCUGGAUGUGUCCAAUAAUCGUCUGAAGAAUGAUUACAUCUUCAACCAGCGGUGCAAAUACAAAGGCACCAUGCCAAAGCUUCACACCCUCAACAUGAGCACUAAUGAGCUGACCAGUUUAAAAGACUUAUCAUAUCUAACUCGGGCGUUUCAGCAUUUGCAGGUGUUGGAUUUUAGUAACAACAUGCUGGGCUCUGCUGAAAACAGUCAGGAUUGCAUCUGGCAACAGAGCAUCACUCGUGUUAUUGCUCACCACAAUAAUUUUGUAAGUGAAGCCCUCAACUGUCUUCCCAUCACAGUGCACUUCUUGGAUCUCUCCUACUGCAGCCUGGACCAGCUGAUCAUGACUUAUUUUGAGAAAGCCACCAACUUGAAAGAGCUCCUGCUAAGCGGGAACAAAAUCAAAUUCAUACCAUCUAAGUGGAAAAGUCCAUCACUGCAAUCACUGGCACUGGAUGGAAAUUCAUUUGGUCUCAUUAGCCUCAAAACCUUCCAGGAUAUGCCUCAACUAUCCCAACUGAAAGCAGGGAAUAACCCUUACCACUGCACCUGUGAACUCCAUACUUUUGUCCAGUCCACAUUGUCAGAGGGAAAAGUCAACCUCACCGACUGGCCUUGGAACUACAAGUGUUACCACCCAGAGGCCUUUCUUGAAACAGUCAUCGCAAAUUACUUCCCAAGUCGGGUGGCGUGUGACAUCAAACUGGUCAUUGUCAUCUGUGUUGCAACUACUACUGCAGUGAUCUUGAUAAUGAUACUCAUUUGCUAUAUUUUUGACCUUCCUUGGUACACCAAAGCCACAUAUCAGAUCAUCAGUGCCAAAUACAGAGCUCACAAGGAAAAAGCAGCAGGAGAAUCUGAGACUUUUGCGUACCAUGCCUUCAUAUCCUACAGUCAUUCUGAUGCAGACUGGGUGAGGGACCAGCUUUUACCCUGUUUGGAAAACAACAGGAAUCCUUAUCGGAUCUGUAUUCACGAGAGGGACUUCAUGCCUGGGAAGUGGAUCAUUGAUAACAUCAUUGAAAAUAUUGAAAGCAGUCAGAAGGUAAUCUUUGUUCUGUCACGCCACUUUGUGAACAGUGACUGGUGCAACUACGAGUUGUACUUUGCCCAGCAGAGAGCAAUGGGAAAGACCUUCAGUGAUGUUAUCCUGGUGGUGAAAGAGCCCAUUGAUCCUAGAUCCCUGCCCAGCAAAUACUGCAAGCUGAAAAAAAUGCUGAGUACCAAGACAUACCUGGAGUGGCCCCAACAGGUCAACCAGCAGGCAUUUUUCUGGAGCCAGUUGAAGAGUGUCCUGGGCAAGCCGACCCCAACCAGAGGGAGGACGGCCAGCUUGAAGAGCAGAACAUCAUCUGCUGGAGCCCCGUCUUAUAUUGGACUCAUGGAUGAUGAGAGGCCAAACCCAACACAGCAGAAUAUGCAGAGAGGCCCAGAAGCCCAAAGUGAGAUGCUGAACACGAGUAACAACAAGACGUCCAAUGCGAGACAAAUCCCUGCAGUGAUAUGACAGAAAGUUUUGAAAUAGCUGUUUUUAUUUGAGCUCUUUUCACACUAUCUCCAUAAAGGCCUGAACUCAGGUAACCUUUUUGUGCGCGGGUUUCACCACGCCGAGGGCAAAAGCGAAUGCCUCAUUAUGGUGACAGAGAACAACACGCUCCUCCUGCAGCCAUGACAUUCUGUCAUGUUAUUCCUGAGGGCUGAGUUGAUGCCCUUCACUUUCCGUCAGACCGUAUCGGACCAAGGGUUGUUGCUGUAGGUGCCGAAAGGCCACGGACUCAAAUGCUCAAACGUGAGCUUCCAUGUUACACGUGGGGUUAACAAGCAGGGUGCCAGGAAGAUAAUGUGAUGGGUAAAUCAUUAUGAAGGAGAAUUUCUUUGCCUUCAGAUUUGAGACUGCAGAAACGUCACAGGAACAUGCAAAUGUUUUGCUGAGGAAGUCCAAUUUGCACUUGCUACUACGUAAUGUUUGACUUAUUUUUGCUCCAUCCUAAUACUCACUACAUACGUAUAUUUACUUAUUCAGAAGCCUGUUCUGUUGACUGGUGGGGGUAAGAUGAACAUUUGACCAAGACUAUAUGUGUUUUUUUUUUGUUGUUAAUCGAAGAGACAUCUCAAAAAGUAAUGUAUUGAUUGUGAGAACAUUUUGUACUGAGAUUAUUCUUGGGUUAAGAGUUAAAGGUGUAGUACCUUAUUGAUUUUCCUCAAAAUUAGCAAAUUUUUCUUUAUGUUGAAAUCUAAUGAUCACAAAGUACCUUUAUUUCUGUGGAAUGUCACAAAAUUACAGUACAUUUUAUUGCUGGCAAAGUAUUUGUUUUAAGGGAAUUCCAUGGCAAAUAUAAUGUGUUCAGUUUAUGCGAUCUUCCAGAUGACAUAAAGGAGGAAGUGCAUGUGAAAAGCUUAAAGUUCAUGAUGCAUUCAUAGGAACCUGGGAAGUCUGGAUUUCUGGCUUAAGGCACCUUGACACUUGCACACAUUUGAUCCCCACACUGGCACGCAAUCUGGCGUGCCAAAGAGUAAACUCAUUGUAAAUUUUUGCAAACUGUGCGUGAGCUGCAUGCGAGUGUGCAAAGAAAAUUUUGAAAUGUUCAAAAUCUCUACCACGCAUUAAUUUUGUGAACUAGAUGUGAACAAUGCGCAAUCUAUUCAACACUGUCAGUGCGAGUCAAUGCGCGCAGCACAUCUGAACAAUUAGGAUGAGAUGUUACAUCCACAAUAAACAUAAUUUUACAGAUACA